AUGUUCAAAUUGUUCGCUGUCUGCUUCCUAGCGCUCUUCGCUGUUGCCUUCGGUGCUGCUAAACCCGGUUUGUUGGCUGCUCCUUUGGCUUACUCCGCUCCUUUAGCUGCUGCCCCAGUUGCUGCUGCCUAUGCCGCUCCAGUCGCCGCUGCUUACUCCGCUCCCCUCGCCUACACCGCAGGAUAUGCUGGUUACGUCGCACCAUACGCCAGCAGCUACUCCGCUCACUCGAUCGCCCACUCGGCCGCUUUCCCAGCUGCCUAUGCUGCCGCUCCAGUAGUUGCUGCCCCAGCGCCCGCGGUCGCUGUGUUACGCAAAUAGAUAGGAAAUUUUGUGAUACUUAGUUAACGAGAAUUCUAUUUUCUAAAAGUGAUACGCUAAAUGUUGCGAAGCGGAAUAAAGUGAAUCUGUUGAUUAUAUAAAAUA